CUUUCAGGAGCUGUGAGAGUGAUGAGGGCAGCCCUGAGUCUCCUUUUCUCCAGGCUGAGCACCCCCAGAUCCCUCAGCCAUUUCUUGCAUCAUAACAUGACCAUAUUGUUACAGUGCAACAGCCAAAUUCAAUUCACCCGGUCCAUGAGCUCCUUUCCUGGUGUUUUGGGUUGUUUUGUUCCCCCUCGUGCAGUUUCUGAGUUGUUUCAGUACAUUAGGCAGAGCUCAGGUCCCAGAGAGGCAGGGAAAGGGCAUGAGUAAGGUGCUGCCAUCCAAUUUUGACUUCAAACCCCCUGUCCUUGAGGAUGCUCCUUGAGGAUGCUCAGCGUUGAAGUCAGGAGCAGGGAGAGCCUUUCCCAGCACUACAGCUGCAGAAAGAACUUUCCCACUAGAGCUGGCUGGGAAAAAAAAAAAAAAGAGUUUCUGGUUCCUGAAAGUUCCCCUGACCAGAAGCUACCUUGACCCUGCAGCUGCUCAGGGAGACUGAUCCCUUUGUCAGCAGAGAGAGGAAGAAAUGUCCUUAUUUGAAGAGCAGCUGCAGGGAAGCCUCUCCCUGGGGCCACCCCAGCCUCAGGCUCCUGGUGCUGAGGGAUGUCCAUGGAGGGGCCAACCUGCAGCUUGCCUAGCCCCCAGAAAGGAACCCAGGUAUGAAUUCCUCCCUGCCUGUUUGGCUGCUGCUUCUCCCGAGCCUCUGCUGGUUUAUUCUUUGACCCAAAAAAAAAAGAAAAAAAAAGAGGAAAGAAAAAUAAGCUCAGUCACUCUGCGUUUUCAGUGAAACUUCUGCCCAGCUCCAUUCCUCAGGGCUAAAUGCCAUGGAUUAGAGCAAAUGAGGUAAGCUGAGGGUCUUUGUAUCCCCUUGGCAGCCCAAGAAAGCAACAAUCCCAGGCAGCUAGGGGCUGCUUUUGGCCUCUGGUGAGCCCCUGGGACCCCUGGCACACACUCUGCCUCUCAACACUGGCAGCUCAAGGCACAGGAGGGAGAUAACCAAAGCAUUCAUGCCAUUCCUAGCAGGAAAAAUCUGAGCACCUGCCCACUCCAGCACUUUAUUUAGUGCUGGUUUAGGGAAGGCAGCAUGCCCAGAGCUGCUGGGCCGUGCAGGUGGACUGAGUUCACUCAGUUCUCUCCCUGAGUGGGUCCCACUGCUGAUGGAACCAGCGGCUGAUGGAGCAAUCUGUGGGAAGGAGCUCCCUGGGCUGCCUGUCUGCUCCAAGUCAGACUUCCAGAGUUUGCAACAGAGCCCAGUCUGCAGCAUUCUGAAAUAAUUCCCUGGGCUGUCGUGUUUAAGAAGCAAAACCGUGGGAGAGAGGGAGUGUCCAACCUCCCUGCUUGAGCUGGGCUCCCCGAGGUUGCUCUGAGAGCAAUGUUUCACUGCUGGAUUCAGCCCAAGGAUUUCUUUAGACAGCACAGGGUCUUUGCAGAAGGUAUUUCUCGCUGCAGAAUAAUGUAAUGGGCCCUUAAUCAGUGCACAUGACAUGGCCAUUUAUCAUUUGCAAGCCAAAUGUGGAGAGAAUUGUGCUUUUAUUUUGCCUUUUCUCCUGCCUCCUUCGAAGAUCCCUUUUCCACCACUUCCACAUGUGCUCUCCAGGAUUCCUUCCCCAGAGGGGACGUGUGUGUGUGGGGAUAAGUGCUCAUGACAGCACUACAUCUGCACCUCACAUGAAAUGUUCUCAGCUUCCUUCCCAUUCCUGCCUCGAGACCUCACCAGAGAUGUGUUUUCAGGCAGCCAAAUCUUAUAGCUGAUUUUUAAAUCCCAGCUAAAGCUUGUCACUUCCCCUUGGAAAAUGAGCCCUUGCAGAGCAAGCGCUGGGAAUACUUUGUCCCGUGGCUUGACUUACUCUGCACACAAGAAUAAGGAAGCUGGCAAAAAAAAAACCCUUUGCAAUUUGUAAGCACUUCACAUCUACCUUAAGAAAAUAAUUAUGUAAAUUCUCUGCUCCCCCAGAGAGAUUUGGGAUGAAAACCGAAGAGAUGCAACACAAAAAAAAAAAAUGCUCAGGGCUGCCAUUUUACACCAGAACUCCUCUUCUCCCUGCAGUUGCCUGCCCCACUUCCCUGUCACUGAUAACUCUGCUUGGCUCCCACUGCUUCAAACAGGCACUGGCCACCAAUUGGACAUCUUGGCAAAUGGAAUUUCUCCCAGGUGAAUGCACCAGCGUGGUACAGAGCAGCACAGGGCCUGCAGGUCAGCUACAGCUGACCAUCAGCAGCUGAGCAAAGCACCCCAAAAAGUGCAGGCAGGUAUCCAGAACAAAGAUAUCCAAUGAGCAGGACAGCAGCUUGCCUGCAUCGUCACACUGUGAUCACCCAAAGAAAUUGCCUGUAGCAAUGACAGACGAACAAAUAUAAAUGUCUAGGUGGGAUUUUUAAGAGAGCAUCCCUGUUAACAAACAUAAACUAACCCCCUUUCCCUUUCCUCUCCUUAUAUGUGGAAUUCUGGGCUUAGUUCAGACACAGCUCUUUCCCUUUUCCCAGUUCCAGCUGCAGUCUUGGUUGUUGCUCUCAUAAAGGUAAACAAAACUGAGGUCUCUGCUUAUCUCCAGAGCUGUGCCCUUCAAGGCAGGGCUUUAUCACUUGCUCUCCAGAUAAGUAUGAUCCAGACUGUGAUUUUCUAAGAAAGUUGCUGAAUACUGAUUUUCCGACGGCACGUUCCCCAAACCAUGGCUCAUCCGUGCAAACAACGGGUCCAGUAAACAAAUGAGCUGUGAAAUGAUGGCAUGUGAAUGACAUGCGGUAAUAAAAGGUGCUGUGUCCUUGAUCACACUGGCAGUUCAACGAGGGGGAAAGAAAAGGGAGAAUUAUUAUCACACUCUUGCUGCGUUGGGCUCUCUCAGCUAUGGGGAAUAAAGUGCCCCGCUGCAUAAAAAGGCAAUCAAACUUUUUUGCCUCGUGGCUCUCACAAUUACACGCAGGAGGGAAAUAUUGGAUUUUCUGUGCUGCAUGUAGAAAUAACCUUCGAUUACAGAAUUGAUUUGCAAAAAGAAGUGACAGGAUUUCAAUAAUUAAAAAAAAAGAAAAAAAAAGAAAAAAAAUCUAUAGUUAGAGCUGAAUUUUCAACAUUUUCCUCUCCCUCCUGCAUUCUCACUUUGGUUUUUCUGUAUCCAGCAAUGCCUCUCAGAGCUCCUUAAUGCUCUGCAUGAACUUCUGAAUUAAAACCUUUUAUCUUAAUGGGAAUUCUAAUCCUACUGGGACGUGUUUGCGCAGCCCUGCUUAUCAUCCCAUCACGGGAGUGGGGCUUUUUCCUGCUCAGGAUUUCCUCUGAUUCCUGCUCUGCAAGCCGAGGAGUGAAGGCACCAGAAGAGCUGCCUGCUGCUGUGCAGAAGCUGAGAUGUUAUAGCCAUUGAGUGAAUCAAAGCCCUGUGGCUGUUAUCUGCAUUGGCAGCAGAGAAUUCCUUGGAAGGCCUGAAAGUGGUGGAGAUUGAGAAAUGCAAGCGUGACAUUAAAAAGAUGAGGGAGGAAAUGGCAGCAAGAAGCAGCAGGACUAACUGUCCCUGCAAGUACAGCUUCUUGGAUGAAAACAAGAGGCCAGCUCCCCGGAGGGAUGUACCAUCCUACCCAAAGUACAUGCUGUCCCAGGAGACCAUCGAGGCUCUGCGGAAACCAACUUUUGACGUCUGGCUGUGGGAGCCCAACGAGAUGCUGAGCUGUUUGGAGCACAUGUACCACGACCUUGGGCUGGUCAAAGACUUCAACAUCAAUCCUAUCACCUUGAAGAGGUGGUUGCUGUGUAUCCACGACAAUUACAGGAACAACCCCUUCCACAAUUUCCGGCACUGCUUCUGCGUCACCCAGAUGAUGUACAGCAUGAUCUCGCUCUGCAGCCUCCAGGAGAAAUUUUCCCAAAUUGACAUUUUGAUUCUCAUGACUGCAGCAGUGUGCCACGACUUGGACCAUCCAGGCUAUAACAAUACCUACCAGAUCAACGCGCGGACGGAGCUGGCCGUGCGCUACAACGACAUCUCGCCGCUGGAGAACCACCACUGCGCCGUGGCCUUCCAGAUCAUCUCCCAGCCUGAAUUCAACAUCUUCUCCAACGUGGACCAGGACCAGUUCAAGCAGAUAAGACAGGGGAUAAUUACAUUAAUCCUGGCUACAGACAUGGCGAGACAUGCAGAAAUACUGGACUCUUUCAAGGAAAAAAUGGAAAACUUUGAUUACACAAAUGAAGAACACAUGACCUGUCUGAAGAUGGUACUGAUAAAAUGCUGUGACAUCUCCAACGAAGUCCGCCCCAUGGAGGUAGCGGAGCCCUGGGUAGAUUGCUUGCUGGAGGAGUAUUUUAUGCAGAGCGACCGAGAAAAAUCCGAGGGGCUCCCGGUGGCGCCGUUCAUGGACCGCGACAAAGUGACCAAACCCACGGCACAGAUCGGCUUCCUCAAGUUUGUCCUCAUCCCCAUGUUCGAAACAGUGACCAAGCUGUUCCCAGAAGUGGAGGAGGUGAUGCUCCAGCCUCUGUGGGAAUCCAGGGACCACUAUGAGGGGUUAAAACAGAUAGAUGAUGCUAUGAAAGAGCUGCAGAAACAGAAAAGUGAAGGUUUGACCACCGGCACUACUGAAAAGUGA